AUGUCCCAGGUCACCAUAGUCGGGAUCUCAGGCCCGUCCUCCAGCGGCAAAACGACCCUAGCGCGUCUCCUGCAGAGCAUCUUCUCGCACGUCGACCCAGAUCUGCACACCUUUAUCAUCCACGAGGAUGACUUUUACCUCCCGGAUGAUAAAAUCCCAUAUACAACAACUGCCUCCGGCACCACAGUGCAGGACUGGGACACCGUCGAGGCGCUCGAUGUGCCCUUUAUGGCCGCGGCGCUGGCCUAUGUCCGAGCGCACGGCCACCUCCCGCCCCGCCUGAAGAGCAAGGAGGAUCUCAACGAGGCGUCUGACUCGGGCGUGCGCGAGGAGACGGUCCUAGGGCUGCGGCGGGACGUCAGCGCGCGACUGCAGCGGGGCCAGGACCAGGGCCAGGGAAAGGGCAAGCGGACGCUAGUUUUCUUCGAGGGGUUUCUGCUCUUCAGUCCGCCGGGAGCGGAGGUGAAGGAGCAUGUGCUGCGGCCGGUGCAUGAGCAAAUCGAUGUGCACUUGUUUCUGCCUGCGCCGUAUGACUUGGUCAAGGGCCGCCGGGAGAGUCGCAGUGGUUAUGUGACGAUUGGGCCGGCGCCGAUCCCGGCUACUCUGCCGCAGAGGGGAUCGCCGAUCCCGGAAGAUGUGAAACAGCAUGUGGACCUGGAAAAGGAGGACGAUGCACCGCCGCAGAACUUUUGGACCGACCCGCCAGGUUACGUCGACGAUAUCGUCUGGCCGCGAUAUGUUCGGGAUCAUGCAUGGUUGCUGCUACCUGAAACACCCUCCCCGGCUGAUGACUUGCAGGAACUCAAGAGCUUAGAUACCGAGGACCUAAUCAAGAGUGUGGGGCAAGGGGUGAACUUGAGAGAUGACGCUGGUGUUAUUGUUGCCCCGGGGAAGGGAGCAUCACCCAUGGCUGAUGUACUAAAAUGGGCUGUGGAGGAAGUGAUCAAGCCAUUCGAGACGGUGGGAUGA